UUUCUUCCAAGAUACAGACUUGUCGAAGGGAAAUGACGUCACGCAACAUUGGCGUCAUGGCGGCUCUGCAAACCAAAAGUGCGACUUUUCUAUUUCCUUGCAUUUUCUGUUUUGUUCCACUCCUCUGAAUGCACACAUUUCAAGCAAAGUGUUUUGCAGCCCCCCAACAAGAAGCGAUGCCUCAGAUUGGCGAUCCGAAGAUGGCGUUCGCCCACCUGCGCCCAGCGUGUGUCCUGCUGAGCCGCCAGCCCACGCUGCACAACGUGGAGACCUUGAGCGGGCAGCUGAGAGAGGUGGAACACGCCACCUUGCAACAGCUCCAAGACUACGUCCUCUUCCCGCUGCGCCUGGUGCUGAAGGGCGGAGGCGGGGCCAAGAAGGAGAAGGUGGUGCAAGCUGUGGUGGAGGCCAUGACCCAGGUGCUGGAGAAGACUUGUGUCCAGAGCUGGGAGACACUGCGCCAGCUUUUCUCGGAGCUUUGUCUCUGCCUGUGUUCUCCGUGCGACCCCGGGAAGCCUGCAGAUACGUCGGAGGAGCUGAAGCUGGCCGUGCUGCGAUGCCUGGACGCUCUGCUCCACGCCGCCUACGGCGACAUCGUCUUCAAACUCUUCCAGGCGGCCAUGCUGCCCGGCUUGGGGGCCGCCGUGUCACUGCUGCUGGCGCUGGCUGAGAAGGACGCCUGCCGAGAUGUCCGGGCGGCGGCCUUGAAGAGUCUCCAGGCGCUGACCAUGCAGUGCGACUGCAGUCAGGAUCACGUAGUGCCUUGCUCUGAGGAGAGGGAAGAGUUGGGUGCCAGCUUUGCCUCCUUCUUACCUGGAAUCGCUAGCAGCGUCGCCAGGGUGGUCGCAGGAGACGUGAGGCAAGGCCAUGCCGUGACCGUGAGGGCCAUCAAGGUUUGGUCCAGGACCGUCAGUCUGGUCAUGGAAGACGCUCAGCUUCAGUCCAGCGGGCCUCAGAAGUCCUCCCAGGCACACUUGAGCAAGCUGGAGCAGCUGAUGGUCCAUCGCACGCAGGACUGGGUGAAGAAGACCUCGGAGAGGCUGUGCGUUCUCCUGAAGAAGAUCAUCUCCAGCACGGUGGCCCAUCAGCACUGGAGGGUUCGUCUGGAGGUGCUGGAGCUGGCGGACCACCUGCUGGACAGGUGUGGUGGGUCUCUGGGCCAAUGUGUGGGUCUGCUGCUGGAGGUGCUGGUGGGGGCCGUCAACGAUGUGGAUCCCAGAGUUCGAGAGAGGUGUGAGCUUGCUCUGAGCGCGGCUUCUCAGACCAUUCAGACAUCUUCCAAGGCCAAGGAUACCGAAAGGAAAAGCAGCUUCACCGACGUCCUGUCAGAGAACCUGCACUCUCUGGCCUCGUCCUUGCCCAGGCUGAUGCGCACCUAUGAUGACCAGAAGAAGCUCUUUGUCCUCAACGUCCUCCUGGGUUAUCUCAAGCUGCUGGGACCGCUGGUGUCCGUGGUCCUCAACUCGGCCGUGCAUCUCCACAGGAUCUCCAAAGCCCUCAUGCAGGUGCUGGAUUUGGACGUGACGGAUGUUCGUAUUGUAGAAGAACGAGGUCACGGUGCCCUGAUAGAAACAGGCUCUGGUUCUCUGCACUGCGUUGACGUGCGGAGGAAGCGUUUCCUCUUCUUCACCGAUGACGCCAUCUUCUCAGUGCUCACAGAGAUCUGCCAGACCUUAGGUUACUAUGGCAACAUUUAUUUGCUGACUGACCACUUUUUGGACCUGUACCGCCAGUCGUACCGCCAGUCCUCAGUGUACAGGAAGCAGGCCGCCAUGGUUCUAAACCAGAUCAUCCGAGGUGCUGCAGAGGGAAUGUCUUCUGCUUCCCAAGAAGACCUUAGAGCUUCUGUCAUGUUGGUCCUGGAAGAAUACAUCAGCCUGAACAACUGGCAUGUGAACAUGGUCGCCCAGGACUCUGGCAGCCAUGGACAGGACCAGAAGGUGAAGAACAACUGGCAUGUGAACAUGGUCGCCCAGGACUCUGGCAGCCAUGGACAGGACCAGAAGGUGAAGAACAACUGGCAUGUGAACAUGGUCGCCCAGGACUCUGGCAGCCAUGGACAGGACCAGAAGGUGAAGAACAACUGGCAUGUGAACAUGGUCGCCCAGGACUCUGGCAGCCAUGGACAGGACCAGAAGGUGAAGAACAACUGGCAUGUGAACAUGGUCGCCCAGGACUCUGGCAGCCAUGGACAGGACCAGAAGGUGAAGAACAACUGGCAUGUGAACAUGGUCGCCCAGGACUCUGGCAGCCAUGGACAGGACCAGAAGCUCCUGAUGUUCUCCAUGACCCACAGUCCUCAGCCUUCCUCCUCCUCCAUGUCCACCCUGCGCCAGCUCAACAGCAACAUCUGGCAGGUGUGCAUCCAGCUGGAGGGCGUGGCAUGCUUUGCUCAGGCCCUCGGGCGGGACUUCCGUCCCCUACUGAUGACAUCACUGUACCCUGUGCUGGAGAAAGCAGGGGAGCAGACGCUCCUCAUCAGCCAAGCGGCACUCAACGCCAUGUGGGCCAUCAGCGAGGCCUGCGGGUACUCGUCUCUCAAGGACAUGAUCGCUGACAACUCCGACUACCUGCUUAACGACAUCUCCCUCAACCUGCAGAGGCUCGGGCAGCAUCCGCAGGCUCCAGGUGUGCUGACGGUGAUGUUGAGACACAGUGACUGCUCUCUGCUGCCUCUAGUGGCAGACCUGCUCCAUGACGUGUUGAUGGCCCUGGACCUCAACUAUCAACACAUGGCUGCUACCUUCUGUUCUGUACUCUACUCUCUGAUGACAUCACUAGCAAAGUGGUUUCCCUCCAGUUGCAACAGGACCAAAAAGUCUUGUAGAAGCCAGCAGAACUCUGCUGACCAGGAAGUUUUUGAUGUCCGCCACUUCCUGCUGGAGUACUGCAAGCAGAAAGAUCUGGCAGAGGGCCUUGGAAUGGGCCAAGAUGACCUUGAUGGUAUGGCUGGAAUGGGGCAAGAUGACCUUGAUGAGGACUAUGAUGAUGAUGGUGGUCCCGAGGAGAAAGCGGACCUUCCCUCGGCCCCUGCACCCGCAGAGGAGGACUAUGAUGGUGAUGGUGGUCCCGAGGAGAAAGCGGACCUUCCCUCGGCCCCUGCACCCGCAGAGGAGGACUAUGAUGGUGAUGGUGGUCCCGAGGAGAAAGCGGACCUUCCCUCGGCCCCUGCACCCACAGAGGAGGUCUAUGAUGGUGAUGGUGGUCCCGAGGAGAAAGCGGACCUUCCCUCGGCCCCUGCACCCACAGAGGAGGUCUAUGAUGGUGAUGGUGGUCCCGAGGAGAAAGCGGACCUUCCCUCGGCCCCUGCACCCGCAGAGGAGGACUAUGAUGGUGAUGGUGGUCCCGAGGAGAAAGCGGACCUUCCCUCGGCCCCUGCACCCGCAGAGGAGGACUAUGAUGGUGAUGGUGGUCCCGAGGAGAAAGCGGACCUUCCCUCGGCCCCUGCACCCACAGAGGAGGACUAUGAUGGUGAUGGUGGUCCCGAGGAGAAAGCGGACCUUCCCUCGGCCCCUGCACUCGCAGAGGAGGACUAUGAUGGUGAUGGUGGUCCCGAGGAGAAAGCGGACCUUCCCUCGGCCCCUGCACCCGCAGAGGAGGACUAUGAUGGUGAUGGUGGUCCCGAGGAGAAAGCGGACCUUCCCUCGGCCCCUGCACCCGCAGAGGAGGACUAUGAUGAUGAUGGUGGUCCCGAGGAGAAAGCGGACCUUCCCUCGGCCCCUGCACCCGCAGAGGAGGACUAUGAUGGUGAUGGUGGUCCCGAGGAGAAAGCGGACCUUCCCUCGGCCCCUGCACCCGCAGAGGAGGACUAUGAUGGUGAUGGUGGUCCCGAGGAGAAAGCGGACCUUCCCUCGGCCCCUGCACCCGCAGAGGAGGACUAUGAUGGUGAUGGUGGUCCCGAGGAGAAAGCGGACCUCCCCUUGCACCUGAACAUGAGCAAAGAAGUGAUGGAGCGAUGUAUUCACCUGCUGUCUGACUCCAGUCUGCAGCUACGACUCAAGGUACUACAUGUACUGCAGCUGUGUAUUCGUGUUCUUGCUGAGAGGGAAGAUGAGUUGCUGCCCCUGGCCCACCGCUGCUGGCCCCCCCUUUUGCAGCGACUGACCACUGAUGACCCUCCAGUUGUCCUCCAAGCCUUUAAGGUGCUGUGCACCCUGGCUGCCAGCUGUGGAGACUUCCUGCGGAGCAGAGUGUCCAAGGAUCUGGUGCCAAAGCUGAGCUCCUGGUUGAUCCAGCAGGCUGGCAUCAGUGCCCAGGCGACCCCGGUCUACUGCCAGUCUCUGGCCUACAGGAUGCAGCUGCUGCUCCUGGAGGGUCUGGGCUCCCUGUGCCAGAGCUUGGACUUGGCUGAAGCAGACGUGCAUGCAGUGAGUGAAGCGUGUCUUCCCUACCUGAGCUGCAGACAACCUGUCACACUCCAACAGGCGUGUUUGAGAUGUUUCCAGAAGAUGAUCCAAGUGGAUCCAGACACUUUGUGGCUGACCCUGACUGAGCUGCACUGUGACCUCCCACUCCCCCCACACCCUCACCUGCCCCCCCUGCAGCUGUGGGGGAGGGGGCGACCCAGAGACGAGUACUCGGACAAUGUCCUGCACCUGCUGAGGGAGGACUUUGACCACUGAUGUGAAGAAGACUUUGACCACACCUUCAUAUUUGUCACCAAUUAUGGAACAUUUUUACCCCUGGAAUAAAAUGUUUGGUGUAGAGUCACAUGGUCCGCUCAACACCAUGUGUAUCAUCUACAUUUACCUUAAUGUCACUUUUUUAGGAUGUCGCCUUGGAGCUUCUUCUUCUUCUUUGCACACUUUUCACACAAAGCAAACAUGCUAUCCGAAUUUUAUUAUCAAGUUUUACAACAAAAACAUGACGUCUGUAAAAAAAUUAAAGGAUUGGGAAGCUAA